UCGGCUCCCUAGCUGUGGCUGCCGCCGCUGCCGCGGUUGCUGGGGUUUGGUGAGGCGAGAACCUGUCGUGGACCUUGUCGAGUACUUAUCUGUUGUCGUUUUUGCCUGAGGAGUCAUCCUUCCUCCGUCGCACCCUGACUCCUGUGGUGUCGACGGGGAGUCCCUGCAGACACCUCAAGACGCCGUGGAGAUGCCUCUCUUUGCCACCAAUCCUUUCGAUCAGGAUGUUGAGAAAGCAACCAGUGAGAUGAAUACUGCUGAAGAUUGGGGCCUCAUUUUGGAUAUUUGUGAUAAAGUCGGUCAGUCUCGCACUGGACCUAAAGAUUGUCUUCGGUCUAUUAUGAGGAGGGUGAACCAUAAAGAUCCUCAUGUUGCUAUGCAGGCUCUGACUCUUCUAGGGGCAUGUGUAUCAAACUGUGGCAAAAUUUUUCACUUAGAAGUGUGUUCAAGAGAUUUUGCUAGUGAAGUAAGCAACGUAUUAAACAAGGGUCAUCCUAAAGUGUGUGAAAAAUUAAAGGCCCUUAUGGUUGAAUGGACAGAUGAAUUUAAGAACGAUCCACAGCUUAGCCUAAUAUCAGCAAUGAUUAAGAACCUUAAAGAACAAGGAGUUACAUUUCCAGCUAUUGGUUCUCAGGUAGCUGCAGAACAAGCAAAAGCCAGCCCAGCUCUGGUAGCCAAGGAUCCUGGUACUGUGGCUAACAAAAAAGAAGAGGAAGACUUAGCAAAAGCCAUUGAGUUGUCCCUGAAGGAACAAAGGCAGCAGUCCACCACCCUUUCCACUUUGUAUCCAAGCACAUCAAAUCUCUUAGCUAACCACCACCAUGAAGGCCGAAAAGUUCGUGCUAUAUAUGACUUUGAAGCUGCUGAAGAUAAUGAACUUACUUUUAAAGCUGGGGAAAUUAUUACAGUUCUUGAUGACAGUGAUCCUAACUGGUGGAAAGGUGAAACUCAUCAAGGCAUGGGGUUAUUUCCCUCUAAUUUUGUGACUGCAGAUCUCACUGCUGAACCAGAAAUGAUAAAAACGGAAAAGAAGACGGUACAAUUUAGUGAUGAUGUUCAGGUAGAAACAAUAGAGCCAGAACCGGAACAAGCCUUUAUUGAUGAAGAUAAAAUGGACCAAUUGCUACAAAUGUUGCAAAGUACAGAUCCCAGUGAUGAUCAGCCAGAUCUUCCAGAGUUACUUCAUCUUGAAGCAAUGUGUCACCAGAUGGGACCUCUCAUUGAUGAAAAGCUGGAAGAUAUUGAUAGAAAACAUUCAGAACUCUCAGAGCUUAACGUUAAAGUGAUGGAGGCACUUUCACUAUAUACCAAGUUAAUGAAUGAAGACCCAAUGUAUUCCAUGUAUGCAAAAUUACAGAAUCAGCAGUAUUAUAUGCAAUCAUCUGGUGUUUCUGCUUCUCAGGUAUAUCCAGGUCCUCCUCAAAGUGGUGCUUACCUGGUUGCAGGGAAUGCCCAGAUGAGCCAUCUCCAGAGCUACAGUCUUCCCCCAGAGCAGCUGUCUUCUCUCAGCCAAGGAGCACUUCCACCGUCUGCAAACCCAGCGCUUCCUAGUCAGCAGACUCAGGCUUCUUAUGCUAACACAAUGGUCAGUUCUGUUCAAGGAAAUACAUAUCCCAGCCAGGCUUCAGUGUACAGUCCUCCUCCUGCUGCUGCUGCUGCUGCUGAUGUCACUAUAUACCAGAAUGCAGGAACUAAUAUGUCCCAUGUGCCAAACUAUAACUUAACAUCCUCAGCGUUGCCUCAACCAGGAGGCAGUCAACAGCCACCUCAGCCACAGCAACCAUAUUCUCAGAAGGCUCUGCUAUAGGAUUUGGGAUUCCUCUUUGAUCUGCUAAAUGCCACUGAAAAUGUUACGCAAUUCUUUGAUAUCUUAAGGUUUGUUUAUCCUCAGCUUAUAGGAAUCUGUCUUGGUCAACAAGUUCAAAUAUUCAAGACAUUAGAACUCUCUUCAAUUUGCACUGACUUUUAAGAGGUUUUCCCUUCCCCCUCCCCAGAGGAAUGAAAACUACUUACAACAUUUAAUUCCUUUCAUAAUAUGAAAGAAUCGAUAAAAGAUUAUUUGUCUCAUAAAAUUACCUGGUCUGCAAAAAGUCAAACUUACAACAGUUGUUGUGGCAAAUGUUAUGUACAUAUAUUGGUAUAUAAGUUCAUUAGUGGCCAUUUUGAAUCACAAUGGUGAUCAUGUGAAUAUAUUUAACACUUAAAUUAAUUUACAUUGCUAUUUUAUUUUAAUCAUGAACAACUACCAUGUUUCAUAAUGUUUUGUGUAAAUUUAAGAUAAUUACACUAUCCUUUUAAACUGCAAGAGAACAAAGCUGUAACAUAAUUACGUGAAGGUAUUAUGUUGUCAAAUGUUUUUGUUUUUACAUGAAACUGAACUUUCCUUUGGUUGUGAGAUAAACAUAUGUACAUUAUGUCCUUCUGUAGCCUCUGCAUACUACUAGCUGUCAUCACACCAGCAUACAGUAGCUAAAUUUUGGUGCAGUUAUAGCAAAUGAUGUUCCCUUUUAAACUUACACAUUUUGGCAUGAUAUUUCAGAGGAUUGUGGGACCAUGAGACAAAAUUAAUGAGUGGGAUCAUGUUCUUUAUAUCUUAUUUUUAAAGAAAUAAUGUUGAUUUACCUUUUUCCUUUUGAAGAUAGUAAUUAGAUUUAUAAACUGUAUACUGUGUCUAUUGGUGGCAGUGACACCAAAGAUAGAGGCAAUGGACAGAAAUUUUUAAACUGGAAAGAAACCAUGAAUAACACUACAUUUUCAAAGUCUCUUGUAAUUACUUAGGAUAUUAAAAAAAUGAUUCAUUUGUCUUAUUCUACUAUUAGUCUUUUAAAUAUGUCUUUAACACCUUGUAUCCUUUAAUUCUUCAUUAAAAUCAAUAUAAGCAGAUGUUUCAAAGUAAUCAA